CAACAAGCCAAUAUCUUUUCCAGAAGCAUGGUGACUUUUCAGCACCUCGUCAGCUUCCCCUCAUUCUCACAAAUACGAGUGAUGAAACCUUAGCUUCUUACAUACUCCGUACAGGUGUUCUAGUGGCUACUACUCGUGGGUGAGCGAGGAUUGUUGACAACAACAUUCGUCAUUCCUUCUUUCUUUUCUAUCUAAUUAGUUAAUUUCGGGCUACGUGAGAUCACAGACAGCAAUAUGGGGAUCCCUACGGAACUUGUUGGAAGUCUUCCACGACCGACAUACCUCCAGAAAGCAUUUGCAGACUACGAUGCAGCCAAGAUCUCUCGGGAUGACCUCAUUGCCGCCCAGGAUAAAGCGGUGGCCGACUCACUCAAGAACCUCGCAACAACGGGAGAAACGUUGAUCUCGGACGGCGAGCAGAGGGCGAGCUCGUUCGCCACGUACCCCAUCACCGACACUUUGGGAGGGACUGGGCUAGCAGAAAAUCUCGCAGCCGACGGUCAGUACUUUGCGAUCUUUGACGAUGGGCACCACAGACAACUGCCACGCCUUGUCAAGGGACCGUUCAAGUACAAGACCUACGCUUAUGAGAACUUCAAGAAGUCAGCGGCGUUGGCCGACGGUCGUGCAAUGAAAUCAGCCGUCAUUGCGCCGUCGAUGAUGUGGCUUCUGUACCCCCUGAACGACACAGUGGAAGGCUACACUCGAGAGCAGUUUGAGGAUGACCUGGUCAAUGAAUGCGAGAAGGAUAUCCGUGGUUGUUUCGCCGCCGGAGCGCAGCGAGUUUCCAUUGAUUUCACCGAAGGCAGACUGACGGCGAAGAAUGAUCCCCGUAACCCGUGGACGGGUAUGAAACUCCUCCAGAAGUUCAUCGAUCUGAAUAAUAGAGUCCUGACUCGUUUCACGCCGGAACAACGAAAGAACAUCGGCGUGCACACGUGCCCAGGUGGUGAUUGUGACUCGGUCCAUUCGGGUGAAGUUGACUACCAAGAGCUGCUGCCUUCGCUCUUCCAGAUCAAUGCAGGCUACUUCCUAAUCCAGCUCGCUUCUGAAAAGAACAAAACAAAAGUGUAUGAGGAAAUUGGCAAGACCAUCCGGGCGGACGCCGACGGAGUAAAGCAAGUCGCAUUUGUGGGUGUGAUUAACCCACUGAGCCCUGAUGUCGAGACGCCGGAACAGGUUUGCGAUGCUCUGGUAGAGGCAGCAAAAUAUAUCCCCCGCGACCAGCUUGGAGCAACGGACGAUUGUGGUUUCAGUCCCUUCAGUGUCGACGUGAAGCCCAAGCAUCAGGGUCCCGAUUUCGCACGAGAAGUGGCCUUUAAGAAGAUUGCCAACCGGAUCAAAGGGGCCCAAAUGGCCAGCGAAAUGCUGAAGCUAUGAGUGAUGCCUGAAACGAAUGCUCGAUCAACUCGAGCUUUGUACCAUUGAAUCUGGGCCGUCGC